GGAAGUUCUUCUCGGAGGGUAUCCGGUGCGUUUGAACGCUCGCGCAGACUUCUCCGCUCGGUGUGUGAUGCGACGGUGUAGACUAUGGCUCACAUCACCAUAAACCAGUAUCUCCAGCAGGUUCUGGAGGCCAUUGAUAACAGAGAAGGUGCUUUCUGUGCAGAGCUGCUCUCCUUUAAACACCCUCAUGUAGCCAAUCCUCGCCUGCAGUUGUCCAGUCCGGAGGAGAAAUGUCAGCAGGUGUUGGAACCCCCUUACGAUGAGAUGGUUGCCGCGCAUCUGAGAUGCACGUAUGCUGUGGCGAACCAUGACUUUGUGGAGGCAUACAAGUGCCAGACGUUAGUGGUGCAAUCAUUUCUGAAAGCUUUCCAAGCUCACAAGGAAGAAAACUGGGCUUUAGCUCUGAUGUUCGCUGUUACUCUUGAUCUGCGAAUAUUUGCCAACAAUGCGGAGCAACAGCUACAGAAGAAGGGCAAGGGAACGGUCGGAGACAUGCUGGAGAAGGCAGCGGAGCAGCUCAUGAGCUGUUUCCGGGUUUGUGCCAGCGACAAUCGCGCAGGGAUCGACGACUCCAAGAAGUGGGGCAUGCUGUUUCUCGUCAACCAGCUGUUCAAAAUUUAUUUCAAGAUCAAUAAACUGCAUCUGUGCAAGCCGCUGAUCCGAGCUAUCGACAGCUCCAACCUGAAAGAGGAUUACAGCACGGCGCAGAGAGUCACGUACAAGUACUACGUGGGCCGCAAAGCCAUGUUCGACAGUGACUUCAAACUAGCGGAAGAGUACCUGUCCUUUUCUUUCCAGCGCUGCCAUCGCUCCUGCCAGAGGAACAAGCGUCUCAUACUUAUCUACCUGCUGCCUGUCAAGAUGCUGCUGGGCCACAUGCCAACAAACCAGCUUCUGAAAAAAUAUGAUCUCAUGCAGUUUGCCGAAGUCACCAAGGCAGUGAGCGAGGGCAACCUUCUGAUGUUAAAUGAGGCUCUUGCCAAACACGAGACCUUCUUCAUCCGCUGUGGGAUCUUCCUUAUCUUGGAAAAGCUCAAAAUCAUCACCUACAGGAACCUGUUCAAGAAAGUGUAUCAUCUGCUCAAAACUCACCAGCUGCCGUUAGAUGCAUUCCUGGUGGCGCUGAAGAUGAUGCAGGUGGAGGAGGUUGAUAUCGAUGAGGUUCAGUGCAUCCUGGCCAACCUCAUCUACAUGGGUCACAUUAAAGGAUAUAUAUCUCACCAGCACCAGAAGUUGGUCGUCAGUAAACAAAACCCUUUCCCACCCUUGUCCUCGAUAUUAUGAUCUUCAGCUGCUCAACAACCAGUAAACUCCUGUUGGAUUCCUGUAUUUUUUGUAAUUAGUUACGCAGUAGUUCUAGAUUUAAAUCAGGUUUCUACAAAAAUUUGUUUUUCUUGGACAGCAACAAACUGAAUCGAAUUUUACCACGAAAAAAAAAAUCACCAUAUUAAUUUUUUUAUUGUACAUUUUUGCAAGUGAAAUGUCUGACCCUCUGUGGUGCACCACAAGUUUGUAUUAUAUUCACUAACUGUUUUGUAUUUUGUAUGUAAAAUAAAUUUUCCAUUUGUAAAA